AUGGUUUCCUCGUCGUUUUUGCUGUUCCUCGCGUCGACUGCUUCGGCGGCGGUGCUAGAGAGCUUGAAUGCUGUGCCGGCUGGGUGGCAAUACAGCGGUGCGGCGAAGAUGGAUGAGCCCAUUCGUCUUCAGAUUGCGUUGAAGCAGGGCGAUGUCGAGAAAUUCGAGCAAGCAGUCAUUGAUAUGAGCACUCCUGACCACCCCACGUACGGCCAGCACUUUCAGGACCACGAGGAGAUGAAGCGCAUGCUGCUCCCCUCAGAGACAACCCUUUCGACAGUGCAGAAAUGGCUUAAGACUGGCGGUGUCAGCAACGUCGAGGUUGACUCCGACUGGGUGAAUGUCCGCACCACCGUCGGCGUCGCGAACGAGUUGCUCUCUACCAAGUUCGCAUGGUAUACCAGCGAAGCUUUUGGCAAGCGUCUCCGCACAUUGGAGUACUCUGUCCCGGAUGAGGUCGCCGGCGAGGUCCUUACGAUCCAGCCAACUGUCCGCUUCGGCCAAGGCAUCCCUGAGCAUGCGACUCACCAUGCCAUUGACGAGGCGAACAUCAUGUCUCUUUCAGCCGCCGCUGCCAACACGACAAACUGCAACAAAUACAUCACCCCGCAGUGCCUGCAGUCUCUCUACAAGAUCGACUACAAGCCCGAUGCGAAGAGCGGGAGCAAGGUCGCCUUCAACAGCUACCUAGAGGAAUCUGCACGCUAUUCGGAUCUCUCCCUGUUCAUCUCCAACAUCGCGCCCUACGCUGCAGGCGAGAACUACACCGUCAUCACCUUCGAGGGCGGCGUCGACGACCAAACUUCGUCCGCUGACAGCGGCGAGGCUAACCUUGACGGCCAGUACAUCGUCGGUAUCGCCGCGCCGCUCCCCGUGACCGAGUACAUCACUGCCGGUCGCGGUGAGCUCGUCCCGGACCUCACGCAGCCCGACCCCGCAAAUAACGGCAACGAGCCGUACCUCGCAUUCCUCCAGGACGUCCUGAAGCGCCCGCAGCACGAACUUCCUCAGGUCAUGUCUACCUCCUACGGCGAGGGCGAGCAGUCUGUCCCUGAAAAGUACGCAAAGUCCGUCUGCAAUCUGUAUGCGCAGCUUGGCUCGCGCGGCGUCUCUGUCAUCUUUUCCUCCGGCGACUCCGGCGUCGGCAGCGCCUGCCAGACCAACGACGGGAAGAACACCACCCGCUUCGAGCCGCAGUUCCCUGCGUCGUGCCCGUGGGUCACCUCCGUUGGUGGCACGCAGUACCUCGAUGAGGAGGCGACUUUCUUCUCCUCAGGCGGGUUCUCGAACUACUGGUCCCGCCCCAUCUGGCAGACGCUCGCUGUGGAGGGCUACCUUGCGAAGCUGGGCAAGAAGUUUGCGCCGUACUUCAACCGCUAUGGCCGCGGAUUCCCAGACGUUGCCGCCCAGAGCGUGGGAUAUGCCGUCUAUGACAAGGGAAAACUGGGCCACUUCGAGGGCACGUCGGCGUCUACGCCUGCCUUUGCGGCCAUUGUUGCGCUUUUGAACGAUGCCCGUCUUCGGAACAACCUUCCUCCCAUGGGAUUCUUGAACCCCUGGGUGUACACUGUUGGUCCGGCUGUUCUGAACGAUAUCCAGAAGGGCGGCAGCACGGGUUGCGAUGGGUUGAGCAGGUUCCACGGUGAUCCGAAUGGUAGCCCGGUGAUUCCAUAUGCCAGCUGGAAUGCGACGAAGGGGUGGGACCCUGUGACCGGCUGGGGCACGCCGAACUUUCCCAAGAUGCUGAAGGCUGCGGUGCCAUUCAGGUACAGGGCGUAG